AUGGUGAAGUCAAACCAUCUCUAUGAUGAUGACGAUGAUGAUGGUGGUGACAACGAUGACAGCAAUGAAGGCAUCACAAAGCCCCAGAUAGCCUCUGAAUGUAGACAGAUGUUCACAGCACUACCUGAGAAGGGGGGAGGGAAAGAGGGGCGAUGCAGGGAACACUCACAACUUCACACCUUUUCAUUCUUCCCUGUGCCAGGGGGCAGACGCACAUGCAUGUGUGGGAAGAAGGCUCAGGGACGGAAGGGUCCUAAAGAGGAGUCACAGGAGCAGCAGGUGUCUAGAGAGCUGGGGUAUCUGGGGGAGCUGCUGAGCCCGUGCCGCUGCGAUGGCUCUGUCAAGUGCACGCACCAGCCGUGCCUCAUCAAGUGGAUCAGCGAGCGGGGCUGCUGGAGCUGCGAGCUGUGCUACUACAAGUACCACGUCAUCGCCAUCAGCACAAAGAAUCCUCUGCAGUGGCAGGCCAUCUCUCUGACGGUCAUUGAGAAGGUGCAGAUUGCAGCUGCCAUCCUGGGUUCCCUCUUCCUCAUCGCCAGUAUCUCUUGGCUCAUCUGGUCGACCUUCAGUCCCUCGGCAAAAUGGCAGCGCCAAGAUCUCCUCUUUCAGAUCUGCUACGGGAUGUAUGGCUUCAUGGACGUGGUGUGCAUAGGUCUCAUCAUUCAUGAGGGACCCUCCGUGUACCGCAUCUUUAAACGGUGGCAGGCUGUCAACCAGCAGUGGAAAGUGCUGAACUAUGACAAGACAAAAGACCUGGAGGAUCAAAAGGCAGGAGGCAGGACAAACCCCCGGACCUCCUCAUCCACCCAGGCCAAUAUCCCCUCCUCUGAAGAGGAGGCAGCAGGCACCCCUGCCCCUGAGGAGGGCCCAGCCCGGGCCACCAGCCACCCCUCAGCUCCUCUGUCCCAACACCACUGUGCUUACACCAUCCUGCACAUCCUGAGUCACUUGAGACCUCACGAACAGCGGAGCCCCCAGGGCGGCAGCCGAGAGCUCGUCAUGAGAGUGACGACGGUGUGAAAGGAGAGACUUGGGAGGAAGGCUGUGACCGUGCCAGAGAAGGAGGCUGGGCUGGGAGGGGGCCAGGGAGCAGGCAAGUGGAGUCCAGGUGGCACCCCAGGGGCCAGAACAGAGAGAGCAAGCAGAGGGUAGUGGGCCUUGAGGGAGCCGGGGAGCAGGGGCAGAGCUGGAGAGGGGCUGGCACCUGAAAGGGUUCUGUGAUUUGCAGUCAGUCAGUGCCAUUCUCCAACAACAAUAGCAAUGAAAACCAGUACAAAUCAACAACAAAGUGCAAUACGGUCUGAACCUAACCGAAUAGAACAGAAUCAUCCAGGUGUACCCAUCGGCAAGGCACAGGGUGAAGCAGAGGCUGUGGGUUGGCCUGGGUGGCAUGGCGGUGCCCGCAGGCACAUGUGCAGCAGAGAGGGAAUGCAAAG